CGCGAUCUGGCGCGUCACACUUUCAGGCACAACCUGCUGAGCACGACCCCUGCAUGUCUCUGCCCGAUUCUGAUCAUCCCCGCAGGUUCGGCUCCUGGCGGCUGAAGAGCCUAAGACUCAAAAGGUACCUACCCUGCGACGCGGGAAGGCAGGUGGAACCAAUCGAGAGCUCUCAAUGCCUCAAUCCGCUAGAGCUCUCAGACUCAGAAGCUUCUUUUUUUUCCAACAUUUACCAAAGCAUUUGAACGACAGCCUUACUUCCUCCGUAUCAUCACCCAGCACCACAUAUACACGCGCCAGAAUACAGGAAGAACAAUCUCUGUAGAUUCACGCCGCUGGCCCUUGCUGCCAUGCCUCCCAAAAAGAAGGUGCGCAGCAGCGUGUCUGCUGUCGCAACGCCAACGCCAGCUCGCGAUGAAGAUGCCAUGGAUGUCGAUACACCGGCUGCAGAUACUCCUGUGGCCAGCGCGCCUCCGAUCAAGCCUUCUGCGGAUGAGUGGCCAAACAACCUGUGGACCGACGACCAACUUUCAUCACUUUACAAAGGAGUCAUCCGGUGGAAACCAGCGGGCAUGCACAAACACUUCAGGAUGAUUGCUAUCAGCGAGCACUUGCGGAAUCACGGAAUUGACCCCGAUUUCUACACCCACACACGUAUCCCACAUAUCUGGACGAAGCUACGCACCUUGUACGACCUUAAGACGAUCGACCAGCGAGAAGACUUCUACGACGCCCAAGAAGAUGACAAUUAUGACGACCGAUUCAAGGAGUUCUCCCUUCCAUACGACGAGUUCGACGAUAUGAUGAUGGAGCGUCGCCUUGCCGAUGCCAGCGAACCUCCAACCUCACCACCCGAAUUCGAGCUUACGCCGCCACCGCCCUCUCCCGGCGGUAGCAACGCUGGCGGAAACACCAGGCGGCGAAAACGCGCUUCCACAGUGACCAAGACUCGCGCUAGCACCGUCGAGGAUACCGAAGAUGCUGGUACAGACACUGCGUCGCCGCCUCCAAAAUCGGCGCGGGUGGCCAGGAGUCAGAAGAGGGCCGCCGGCAAGGCUAAAGCCGAGAAAGCUGAGAAGGUCGAAGAGCCCGAAAAGCCAAAGAAAUCCGGGAAGCCAGCGAAGGCAGAGAAACCCAAGAAGGAGCAAGAUGAUCGCAUUGAGGGCGAAGACGGAGAAGAUGGAGACGAAGGAGACGAGGAAGAGGAAGGCGACGGUAGCAAUUCUGGCGAUGGUAGCGGUUCUGGUGAUGCCGGUGACUCUGGCGGCUCUGGGGAUUCCGAUGACGGAGACGAGGAGGAAGAGGAAAGCGCCGAAGAUAGCGGGACCCCGGUAUCGCGUUCAACAAGAGGUGCUGCUCGAGGUCGUGGCAGAGGCAGAGGCCGAGGUAGAGGACGGGGUCGGGGACGUUAGCAACGAGGUCGGAUGCGUUAGCUGAAGUUGACUGCAACCCGACCCACAACAGCAAACAAGCUGGCGUUUGUCCAUAAAGACACACCUAGUGGGACAAAGAUACCCGUCGCGAUCUGCGACUUCACGAAUGUUGUAAUCA